GCCGUUGUCACAGUUUGUUGUCAUUAUUCUUGUCAGUCGGAAAAUAAACAAGAAAUGGUGAAUUUUUCAACUUUUAGUUUUAAAUUGUGGUUUUCUGCGUUAAUACUGUAAAUUAUAUCAUGUCUAAAAGAAAAUCUACCGCUACAGGUAGAAAGAUUGAUGACUCGGCUGCAGACAGUGAGGUUCCAUCGCAGGAGAUCCUGCGGCAGAGUCUCAAGCGUCCUCUGUUCUCGGGAGCCGCACACGGCGCAGAACCGGCUCACAAGAAGAAGAAGAUGAAGCAACAAGGCAAGGCGGAGCACAAGUGUAAAGUGUGCAAGAAGAAAUUCGCUCGCCAGGACUCGUACUACAUGCACAUGAAGAUCCACACCGACGAACAGUACGCAUGCGACGAGUGCGAGUUCGUGACGCGCUGUCGCAAGUACCUCGCGCGGCACAAGAAGAACCGCCACACGGAGGUGGAGAUGCUGCCGUGUUCGUACUGCGAGAAGACGUUCCGGACUAAGGAGAAGGUCACCAAACAUGAGCGGGUGCAUACUGGAGAGAAGCCAUACUCGUGCGGGGAAUGCGGCAAGUCGUUCAGCGCGCGCUACUCGCUCAGCACACACCGGCUACUGCACACCGACUCGAAGCCGUUUGCGUGCGCAUUCUGCGCGUACCGGUGCCGCGACUCGUCCACGCUGCGCAAGCACCAGCAGCGCCACCUCGGCGUCGCGCCGCGCUACUCGUGCAAGCAGUGCGGCGUCACAUACAAAGAGAAGCGCAGUCUGAAGGCACACGUGAUGGAGAAGCACCUGCACAUCGAGCAGCCGAAGGUCGAGUGUGAAACGUGCAAACAGGAAUUUAAGAACAAGACCGCACUGAAUGGCCAUAUUAAGCGCGUGCACGAGCGCUUGUUCGCGACGCGGUGCGAGAUCUGCGGGCAGGAGGUGAGCAGCCGCUACAACCUGGCGGCGCACAUGCGAGCGCACUCCACGGCCAGACCUCAUCCGUGCACCCAGGCAGGGUGCGGGAAGAGCUUCAAGAGCCUGAGUGACAUGCUGCGUCACCGGUUCACACACUUCACGUGGCUGCACGCGGAGUGCGCGCACUGCGGCCUGCGCUUCAGCCGCCGCGCGCGCCUCGCCAGCCACAUACUGAAGAUGCACCAGACCAGGCGGGUGAAGGACACCGAGUGUGAACUGUGCGGGAAGAAGUUCUACUCUGCGCGCUACUUAUCAAAGCACCUGGCGGGCGUGCACGCGGCGCCGCGCCUCCGCUGUGCGCACUGCCCCUUCACCACGCGCAUGAAGCCCGCCCUGGCCGGACACAUCAAGGGACGACAUGCUAGCGUUAAGGAGCGCACGUGCUCGCUGUGCAACAAGGUGUUCCGGCUGCCGAGCUCGCGCCGCGCGCACCAGGCCAUGAGCCACGGACAGCGGAAGUACGACAAGGAACUGCACAAAGUGAAGGAGGAGCCUGAGACAACGACGGAGGGGGCGGUAGAGGGGGGAGAGGGGGCGGUGGUCAAGGUGGCGGUGAAGGAGGAGCCCAUCGACAUCGAGGAGCACGACGUGGCGGCCGCGCUCGCGCACGCGCACGAGAUACACGCAGACAUCAACCUUCAACAACUUGAGGCGGUGUCGGUUGCCGUGCCGCGCUCGGAAGAGAAGCAAGCGCCAAGUGAGCCCUCAGAACAAGCACCGGAGCCUUCGGAACAAGCACGCGGGGCCUCAGAACAAGCACCCAUCGCGCUGGGAACCAACUUCGAAGAUUAUGUCGAGGUUUCAAAGGCCAUAGCACCCACCGAAUUUUACGUAACUGUUGGUAGAAAGCGACGUCUGGACCCGAACGUAAACUUGAAGUUGAAGAGAAAAGCAGAGUUGGAGAUACAGCAGCAGCUGGAGCGAGCGAGGCGGAAGAUAGUCGUGGACUCGCUGGAAAGAGCGAGACAGCUGUACAACAAGCGGAUCUGCGCGCGUGCAGAGAUCGAGAAGAGAAAGAAAGAGACAGAUUCAAAACCAAAGCAACAGAUCAGGAAAUUAGUAUUAAAAAGAGACAGCAACACUGACAAUGAAUAUAGCAUCGACCGCGGGAGCGAGCAGGACACACGUAGUGAAAAGGAUACAGAUAUAAAUGGAGAAAAUGACGAAAAAACAGUCGCAGAUGUGGGACACAAAGAUUCUAUGAGAAAUGGUGAAAGGAGGCAAGGCAAAACAGAAGGAUUCAAAAAGAUUAAAUUCAAUACAUCGCAGUGCUAUGUCUGUUUCAAGUUAUAUCAAACGAGAGACCAACUAAUAGAGCACUGCCAGGAGCACUUCGCGAUCUGCAAUAAACAAGUGCUGAACAAGUGUCCGCUGUGUCCCUACGUGUCUCCCAACAACGUGUACCGCCACCUCACGCGCGCGCACGGCAUCACGCUGCGCACUGCCUACAACACCAUCAUCGAGAAAGAUUCAUGCAAAGAAAAAUACGCAAUAAAAGUAAUUGAUAUGGUCUGCGAGAAAUUUGAUUCCACAGCGAAUAGUAUAGAAGAGAUUUCCAUAAUUCCUAGUGUCAUGGGUCUGAACAAAAAAGCGUCCGCCGCUAUAGAUAGAGAGAACAGGAAGAAGAAAGCGGAAAUGACGAUGAAGAGUAAACUUGUGAAGAAAGGGGAUGAGUGGAUAGUCGACCACGAAAAAAUUGAUGUGAAUUAUGAAGACUAUAUCUUGCCAGAGUUUAGAGAGAAAACGAUCAAGAGGGUUAAAAUAGGCAAAGUUACGGAUGAUUAUGUAGAAGCUUUAAUGAGACUCAAGAUUGCAGCUAAAAAAGAUGGGCACAAGAUACUUGCACCGUGUGACCUGUGCAACAAGGUGUGUCUGAAUAUAAGCGCUCUUAAAGCGCACAGAAAGUCACAUGAAGUCAAACAGAAAGGGCGAAAACGUAAAUACGUUAGAGCGAUAAAAAAAGUCAAGAAAACCAAUGUAGUCAGUAAAGCUGCUCGCAGUAAUAAUACUAAACCAAUUCGCAUUAAUAAUAACAAGCAAGGCACUAAUACUUCUAACGAAGAGCUAAUGGAUUUCUACAAGAGUAACAUCGACAGUGCAGAUAUAGACUUUGAUCAGUUUGUUAAGAUAUUCCAACAAAUUGAUAAAGUUGAGACAGGGCAGUUCAAUGUUUUGGUUAAAAACGAAAAGUUUGGUGUCGAAGAGCCUGAACCUGAUGGAGUGAAAGUGAAGACGAGAUCCAACAGCCGGCGCCAGGCGGUCAGGAGUGUGGCGCAAGCGAAGAGAGACUUUGAAAUGAAGAGGAAGCUAGCAAAAGACCAACUGAGACAAAAGUUGAAUCAGAAAGAUACUUAAUUGAGCUUAUUUAGUUUUUAUUGCAAUAUUAUGUUGUCAGUUUAAUAUAUGAAAGGAUGAUUGAUUUUGUUUUGAUAUAAAAAUAUCACACUACUUGUCUUUAUAAUAAAUAUUAAUUUAUGGAUAUAACAACUGUAAUACUCACAUGAAUUAUAAUAUAGGUAGCAUAAUAUUUUGCAUUUAUUGAGUAAGUUCUAGUGUGGCCUGUGUCCUAAGUGUUCCUCUGGUUAACCUGUUUCUCAAUCACAAAAUAACAACAGGUUUAGAAUAGUAACAGGCAUACUG